AUGUGUGAAAGACAUGACUAUAUUUUCACUUUCCUGGCGUUCACAGCGGCCUUGUACAACUCCUGCACAGCUGGACUUGCCCCGGACUUCAUUCAUCCAUGCAACAAUACGGAGCCAGCAUGUCUCAUUAAAGCCACGCAGGAUGCGAUCCCAGAGUUCGCUAAGGGUAUACCUCAAAUUGGUGUGCCAUCUUUGGAUCCCUUCAUAAUUGAUGAGCUGCCAAUUCAGCUUCCUGGAGUCAAAGUAACAUUUAUAGACGGAAAAGUAACAGGCCUAAGGAAAUGUCAAGUGUUAAAUGUAGAAGCCUACCUUGAAAAAAAUGUAUUCGUUUUGGAAGUCCGGUGCAACAUCACGAUAAAAGGAAAAUAUACAGCUGUCGGAAGACUACUUCUGUUUCAAAUAAAUGGCGAAGGGGAUGCCAAAAUAAAAAUAGUAAACUCCAUCAUAAAAAUGAACAUAAAGACAAAGUACUUUAAAGACGCUGAGGGUCGGGAUCACUUCGGCAUUAAGAGCUAUAGAUACGCUUUUGAUUAUGGCGAAAGGAUUCAUUAUACCAUUUCCAAUCUCUUUAAAGGGAAUCCUGAAAUAAGUAACACAGUGUUGCGAUUCUUGAAUGAAAAUUGGAGAGCGGUGACAGAAGAAUUUGGGAAGCCAGUAGUAGACUAUGCUAUGAAUGUAACUAUAGACACAGCGCGUAAAUUUUUUGAUGCAGUACCAUAUGAUGAACUACUUUAUGUCCCGUUACCUAACUAUUAA